AUGGCGAUAAUCGAGUUGGCGCACAUCAGUCUGAAGAACGGCGUCCAAGCGACUGACCCGGAACUCAAGAAAAACCUGAAGGAAGUCAAACGAGUGAUUGAAGAUUACAGCAAACUGCAAACGCUGUUCUACACGCAAAUCGACGACCCCUCGGUGCUGUUUGUGAUUGGAGCUUGGGAGACCAAAGACCACCAUCAGCACGGCUUCCACGGAUCUCCUCAGCAGGCAGAAAUCCUCGAACUCAUCAAGGACCAGAUGGGUAUUGACUGGAUGCACUACAUCGACGUUGAGCAGUCAAAAAUCCCGCUCGACGCCCCCGUGCUGGCAAUCAUCCGAGAAACCUUCGCCAAACACGGGGUGGUCCGAACGCAGUUUGACCAGGAAUUCGCAAAGCAGACCUCGAGUUUGGGCGGCGCACGGUACGGAGCCGUCUCGGGCUGGAAUAUCCCCAAGGACCACAAGGAGAGAGAUGUCCGGGUGAACUUCUCCGGAUGGGAGAGUGUAGAGGAAGGCACGGAGGGGUUGGUCAACACGAUUGAGAAUGUAAAGGGAUUCCGCGCCAGACCGACGGAUCUGAAUUUCUUCUUCGUCACACGGACGGAGCUGGAUUGA